CGUUGCACUUGCGCCUCUCCUCUCCAACCUUUCUCUGUUUUCUCUCUCUCUCGAAACUCGAGCAACUUAUCCAUGGCUGUCGAAGCCCCGCAUAUCAGCAUUUUCCCUCCCCAGUUGAUGUCGAACGUAGAUUGCGUCAAAUCUCAAGCCAGCAUGAACCACACCCAGAUGCAGAUAGAUUUCUCCAGAGUUCCCUUAGCCACCGUCGACGCGAGAAAACGCUCCCGGAAUUCCGCGGUCCGCGAUUCUGACGAUUUCCUCGCGGCUGAGGCGGAGUGGAGAGCCACCGGGUUUGGACCGCUCGUCGAUCAAGAACUCGUGUCUCAGAUCCAACAACAGCAAUCAGAGAUCGAUCGGUUCGUGGCUCAGCGGGCGGAGAAGCUGAGGAUGGAGCUCGAGAAGCGGCACCGGACGCAAACGCGGAUGCUAGCGUUUACGAUACAAACCGCCAUAGCCAAGAAGCUCGAGGAGAAAGACGAUGAGAUCGUUCGGUUGAGGAAACUCAACUGGGUCCUCCAAGAACGUGUGAAGAGCCUCUUCGUCGAGAACCAGAACUUGCGAGACCUCGCUGAAGCCAACGAGGCCAUGGCCAACAACCUCCGAGCCAACCUCGAACAGGUCCUCGCUCAGGUCGACGGCGCCGCCGCAGCUUUAGAAGACGAGGUGGAGUCGAGCUGCGGGAGCUGCGGAGGAGGAGUCGCCGGCGGAGAUGUCAUGAUGAGCAUUCCGGGGGUGCGUGGCGGCGGAUGCAGGAGGUGUGGGGAAAGAGAAGCGAUGGUGCUGGUGUUGCCAUGCCGGCAUCUUUGUCUGUGUACGGUCUGUGGUUCGGCUCCACUACGUGCAUGUCCUGUCUGCGAUACGGUCAUGAACGCUAGUGUACGUGUUAACAUGUCGUGACCAUUU